AUGGCGCCACACGUCUGCGACGAUGACGCCCAGCCCAUGAGCCUGUCCCCGCAGCAGCUCAUGUCGCAGGCCACCAGGUGGGUUAAGUGGGAUGGGGAAGAGGCGUCAGUCACAUCACAGGCGUCAUGAUGUAUAUCCGUGCUCGUCUUGUCUGUGUGUGUCUGUGUGUGUCAGAGUCCUGCUGCAGUUCCAUGAUCCGGAGUCAAGCAGUCGUCUGGACAGCCUGGACCUGACGCCCGACCAAUACGGGCACUCGUGAAGUGAGCCACACAUUGGCAGCCUCUCUCCCGUCCACACACAGACAGAGAUCGUGUGUGUGUCUCGUGUGUGUGCGUUCAGAUGGUUCUCGACGCUGUACGCUUCAUGUUUCAAGAACGUCUUCACCCUGCUUGCCCUCUGGCGGGAAUGCCUCAGCCGGCAUGUACGGACUCACGACACAACACAACACAAAAUACGAUAAAAUCAACUCCUUUUCAUGUGUUAUCAUGUCAGGCGUCAGAGACCAUGGUCUUCUUCGUCGCAGCUGCCUGGCUGACCAUGCAUCGCCAGCUGCUGCGGAGUGAGGGCAGUGAGGGCAGCGGGCAGGUCUACAGCUUCCUGUUUGGGGUCUUCGACGACGACUGCAGUCCGUCGACAGAGGGGGCGGCCGACGGACGGGGUGAGCGAAGGAGGGGAGAAACGGCACACACGACGAGGUGAUCUUGGCAUAUUUGUGUGUGUGUAUGUGUGUGUGUGUGUGUGCAUAAGAGCGUCCUUCCUUCCCUUUGCCGAAGCUGAUGUCGGAGGCGCUGGAGCUUCGCGUGGCCACGCCGUCAUCGUUUCUCGCGCUCCUGGCGGCCGUGUCGGGGCGGUACGCAUGCACCGAAACGCACACGGCCCUUCUGUCGGUGUUCAGCCGCCCGUCUUCCUCGGCCUCUCCCCCCGCCCCCUCUACGAGAGCCACCACCGCCACCAGCCGAGCGGACACAACCCACUCCGACGGCGACGGCAGUCCCACCAGCAGCAUCCACCUAUCCAUGGCCGCUCGAGCCCGCCACUCUGUUCUGCCUUCCCGUCGAGGUCAACGAUGUCUUGGCGGCCGUGGAGCCGAGCUUGGUGGAUGUGGGUGUGACGUGGCGUGUGACGCUUGUCGACACGAGGCCGCUGGGCGUGCGGCCCAACGAGUUGGAUGAAACAAUCGAGGUGGAUGCGGUGGGGGUGCUGGUGUACCACGUCGACCCAGACGACACAGAGUUGCGUGCAUCCACGAAGUACACACGAAUGCACGGAAAAAUGUGUGGUGCGCAUAUAUGGAUGCAUCGCUCAGUCGGUGGAUGGUCUGGUCAAGAGCUGCCUCGACGCACAGAGAGACCUCCGCCGCUGCCAUGCCGUCACCACACAGUGCAACACAACAAAACACUACAACACACAGCGAGUCCUGCCUCUUUCCUACUUCCUUCUCUUGUGUGUAUGUGUCCCACCAUAGAGUGGAGAGCGAUGACUAUCGCUGCCUACAUCUUAUAUCUGUUCGGAAUCUGA